AUGGCCAUGACGGGAGGCAUGGCAGCGCCACUCCCAAUGAGCAACCAUACACGAGAGAGAGUCACGGUGGCCAAACUCACGCUGGAGCACUUCUACAGCACCCUGCUCACCCAGCACGAGGAGAGGGAGACGAGGCAGAAGAAGCUGGAGAAAGUGAUGGAUGAGGAGGGGUUACCUGACGAAGAGAAGAGUAUGAGGCGCUCUCUUCAUGCUCGUAAGGAGACUGAGUUUCUGAGGCUUAAGAGGACCCGCCUGGGGCUCGAUGACUUUGAAUCCCUCAAAGUGAUCGGUAGAGGAGCAUUUGGAGAAGUGCGCCUAGUUCAAAAAAAGGACACGGGUCACAUUUAUGCCAUGAAGAUCCUCAGGAAAGCAGAUAUGUUGGAAAAAGAGCAGGUGGCACAUAUCCGGGCAGAGAGGGAUAUCCUUGUGGAGGCUGAUGGUGCAUGGGUAGUAAAGAUGUUCUACAGUUUCCAGGAUAAGCGCAAUCUUUAUCUCCUCAUGGAGUUUCUUCCUGGGGGAGAUAUGAUGACUCUGCUGAUGAAGAAAGACACUCUAUCUGAAGAGGCUACUCAGUUUUAUAUUGCAGAAACCAUCCUGGCCAUCGACUCCAUUCACCAGCUGGGCUUCAUUCACAGGGACAUCAAACCUGACAAUCUGCUCCUCGAUUCACGGGGCCAUGUCAAACUGUCUGACUUUGGCCUCUGCACAGGCCUAAAGAAGGCCCAUCGGACUGAAUUUUACAGGAACCUGACACACAAUCCUCCUAGUGAUUUUUCAUUUCAGAACAUGAACUCAAAACGUAAGGCAGAAACGUGGAAAAAGAACCGAAGGCAGCUGGCAUAUUCAACCGUGGGCACACCGGACUACAUCGCCCCUGAGGUAUUCAUGCAGACGGGUUACAACAAGCUGUGUGACUGGUGGUCUCUUGGAGUGAUAAUGUACGAGAUGCUGAUAGGCUACCCACCCUUCUGUUCCGAGACGCCACAGGAAACUUACAGGAAAGUCAUGAACUGGCGAGAAACACUGACCUUCCCUCCCGAAGUCCCUAUUUCAGAGAGAUCCAAAGACCUGAUACUUAGGUUUUGCACAGAUGCAGAAAACAGGAUUGGAUCAGGAAGUGUGGAUGAAAUUAAAUCUCACCUUUUCUUUGAGUCUGUGGACUGGGAGCACAUCAGAGAAAGACCUGCUGCUAUUUCAAUUGACAUCAAGAGCAUUGAUGAUACGUCCAAUUUUGACGACUUCCCAGAAUCAGACAUCCUACAACCAGUUUGUAUGCGAGCAUCAGUUAGGAAUGACGCUGAUCUGAUGUCUGUGAGCUGUACAUUCAAGACAGAUUUAAAAUUGACAAACGUAACAGAACCAGACUUCAAGUCCAAGGACUGGGUUUUCCUCAACUACACCUACAAGCGGUUUGAAGGAUUGACUCAGCGUGGAACCAUCCCAACCUACAUGAAGGCAGGCAAGGCAUGAAACAUGCGACAACGUUAGCCUUCGACACCCUGGUAUAAAAGCAGAAUUAGAAUGUAAAUGACAAUUGAAACGCAGAUGUCGGCCGACGGAGGUCGUCUCUGCACAGAAGCAUACGCACUGCCGCUUCGAGCUACAAAGUAGACCUGUUCUCAAAGAAGUCCCUGGUGACGGUAAAAAGAAAAAAUUAAUAAAGAGAAGCAUAGCAAUUAUAUGGCCAAACAUAAGGAGAGACACUUUAUGUCCUGCUGCUCAGCUAUGAGGAAACAUAAAGGUUUUCCAAAUGCUUUACAACACUGGAUCAAAACAGGGUCACAAAUGAAAACAAAAGGGAAGUGGAUACAUCACCGAAGCCUUAUGUUGAGAAUACAUAGGAUGUAACCUUUCUCCUCAAACCUCUUGAGAAAUCUGCAAUAACGUUGAUUAUUUUCUCAGUCACUUUUAUCUUCUUUCCCUUAGGAAAUCUGUAUAAUGCCAAAUGAAAGAUUUACAUUGUUAAUAACUACCUGAUGCUGAAUAUUUCCCACAAGGGUAUUUGUGGGUUUUGUGCUUUUGUUUUGUUGUAUAAUCGUAAACAUCUAACUUGAAGAAAAAGCUCGUAUGGGUUAUAAUUCCUCUAUAAGUGGCCUAUAAGUGCCAGUGAGCAGCUGACCGUUCAUCUUUCCCGUCCCGGUGCAUUUCACACACGCACAAGCGAUCUACUGUAAUCGAUUAGUUUUUGUUGUUUCGUUUUUUAUUCUUGUUUGAUUGUAAGUGUUGUUCACCUAUGCAACCAUUUUUGUAGUUUAUUUGUAACAAAUGCAAGAUGUAGCUUCAAUCAGUGGGUUUAGAGGGAAUGCAAUGCAGUUAAAGGGAUAGUUGACAUAAAAAUGAAAAUUCUCCGUUUAUUCACCUUCAAGUUGUUCCAAAUCUGUAUACAUAUUUUUUAUUCUGCCAUUGACUUCCAAAGUAUUUUUUUCUUACUUUGGAAGUCAGUGGUGCUCCAAAAGUGUUGGGUUACAAAUAUUGCUAAAAAUAUCUUCCUUUGUGUUCAGCAAAAUUCUGAAGAAUUAAAAUUUUUGGGUGAACUAUCCCUUAAGUUUUUGUUUGUCCUAUCCAUACAUGAUGUUGUUUUACAAGUAUACACGUAAUACAGGGUGAAAAUAAUCUGCUAAUUUGCUAAUUUUUAGCGUAUUGUAACCAAACUAACUGCUAUACAUAAGACAAAGCUUGUACAAAAUAUUGUGUAUAAUGCUGGUAAACAUAUCAAUAGAUUACACUUCAAGUUUGUGUAAUGUUUAAAGAUUAAUAAUAGUUAAUAGUGGUCAUAAAGUAUUGGCGUUAUUGAGAAUAACAUACCAGUCGGUGGCAAUUUUGUACCACUCCAAUAAAGUGGCCUCUCAAAUGAAAGCAUCUCACACAUGCUGUUUAAGCUAUUUAGUGACUGAAUUGUCUUGCUGUUGUGCAUGACUACAAUUUACUGGCCUAAUACAAAGGCUGUGAGGAGAGCAAAUGCUGUAGAUUGAUGGAUUUGUCUGUAAUGUAAAAGAUACCUGGUGCUGGGAGUUUUACUUAGUAAUAUAUGACUUUUGUUUUGUUAUCGGUUGGCUUGAUGGAAGUGUAAGAAUGUGAAAGAAGGAAAUAAAUGUCAAAAAAAUAA